CGCCCGGGAGCGGUUGCCUGGCUGCCGGUGCCGGAGCAGGGAGCGGCGCGGGACGUCGCCGGGGCUGCUGCUGCUGCUGCUGCUGGCCGCGGCCGAGCCACCCGCCCCGUUGUGUGUGCGCCGCCGGGCCGCCGUCGCCAUGUCGUCGCCGUCGUCGUCCGGGGAGCAGUACGAGGAGGAGGAGGACGGCGCCUACGAGAGCCAGGCCAAGCGCCUCAAGCCCAGCGCCGCCGCCGAGGAGGGCGAGAUCGAGUACGGCGGCGCCGAGGAAGGCGAGGGCCGGCGGGAGAAAGCGGCGGCCCCCCGCGGAGGGGGCUUCUCGGGCGGGGAUGUGGGUGGAAGUCAUCACAAAGUUUCUGUUUCUCCUGUUGUCCAUGUCCGAGGACUCUGUGAAUCAGUCGUAGAAGCGGACCUUGUGGAGGCUCUUGAAAAAUUUGGAACCAUAUGCUAUGUCAUGAUGAUGCCAUUUAAACGCCAGGCUUUGGUGGAAUUUGAAAACAUAGAAAGUGCCAAGAAGUGUGUGACAUUUGCAGCAGAUGAGCCAGUGUAUAUUGCUGGACAGCAAGCUUUUUUCAACUAUUCUACAAGCAAAAGGAUCACUCGGCCAGGGAACACGGAUGAUCCAUCAGGUGGAAACAAAGUUCUCCUAUUAUCAAUUCAAAAUCCUCUCUACCCAAUUACAGUGGAUGUCUUGUAUACUGUGUGCAACCCUGUUGGGAAAGUGCAACGUAUUGUUAUAUUCAAGAGAAAUGGAAUACAAGCAAUGGUUGAGUUUGAAUCAGUUCUCUGUGCUCAGAAGGCUAAAGCAGCACUCAAUGGAGCAGAUAUAUAUGCAGGAUGCUGUACACUAAAAAUUGAAUAUGCAAGGCCAACUCGACUUAAUGUCAUUAGAAACGACAAUGAUAGUUGGGACUACACUAAACCGUAUCUGGGCAGACGAGACAGAGGGAAGGGCCGCCAGAGGCAAGCCAUUUUGGGAGAACACCCUUCAUCAUUUAGACAUGAUGGCUAUGGAUCACAUGGUCCUUUGUUACCCUUACCAAGCCGGUACCGAAUGGGAUCUCGGGAUACUCCAGAGCUUGUUGCUUACCCACUACCCCAGGCUUCCUCCUCUUACAUGCAUGGUGGAAACCCUUCUGGCUCAGUUGUUAUGGUUAGUGGGUUGCAUCAGCUAAAGAUGAACUGUUCGAGGGUCUUCAACCUGUUCUGCUUGUACGGAAAUAUUGAAAAGGUAAAAUUUAUGAAGACUAUUCCAGGCACAGCAUUGGUAGAAAUGGGUGAUGAGUAUGCUGUGGAAAGAGCUGUCACACAUCUCAACAAUGUCAAGUUAUUUGGGAAGAGGCUUAAUGUCUGUGUGUCCAAGCAGCACUCAGUAGUUCCCAGUCAGAUAUUUGAGCUGGAGGAUGGUACAAGUAGUUACAAGGAUUUUGCCAUGAGCAAGAAUAAUCGCUUCACCAGUGCUGGCCAGGCAUCCAAGAAUAUAAUCCAGCCACCUUCUUGCGUGCUACAUUAUUAUAAUGUACCCCUGUGUGUGACUGAAGAAACCUUCGUAAAGUUGUGUGAUGACCAUGAAGUUCUCACUUUCAUCAAAUAUAAAGUGUUUGAUCCAAAACCUUCUGCCAAAACGCUCUCUGGUCUGCUGGAAUGGGAAUGCAAGACAGAUGCAGUGGAGGCUCUCACUGUACUUAAUCACUACCAGAUAAGAGUCCCAAAUGGCUCUAAUCCUUAUACCUUGAAGCUUUGCUUCUCUACUUCAUCCCAUUUAUAGAGAGAAGAAGAAAGCAUGUUAGGCGCUACAUUCAUCUUGAUUUGCAAGUUUGAAACUACAUUUCAUUCAGAAGCUCUGAAGUUGUUGCUCUAAUGUUGCCUUGUCUCCACUAAAUUCGAAGAUCUCCUAUCUUGUUUUAUAAUAAAUGGAUGUUUCUUCAUAAAUACAGAACAAAUCUUCUCUCCUUGCUUCUGAAGAGUACAUUUGUUAUAAACUUACUACGAAAAGUUUGUUUUUCACUAAAUUGUAAUUAGUACCUACAAGUAUUCAACCGCCUUGUAGGCUGCUUAUGCACGGAUACUGUGUACUGUUCCAAACCUUAAAUCUGCAAUUGUUUUAAUCCAAGAAUGAAGUAUAUUUGCAUUUUCAAUAAUGUUUAAAGGAUUAGCAAGUAUUUUUCCAUUGUAGACAGAUUCCAUUGGCAGAUAGAUUCUACAUGAAAUAGUUCUGUUUCUGGUUACAUGUUUAGGUAACUAAGUAUGUUGCAAUUAUUAAUACUAAAAAUAAGUUUGUAUUUAUAAAAUGUUUUCAUUAGGUUAACAUUGCGCACAUACUGGAUUUUGAGUAGCAUAGACGUACCUGAUUUAUAUUUCAAAAAAGCUAGCAAAGAAGACCAUUAUUAAGUCAAUUUAUAUAGUGUGCACUCAAAUUUACUUAAAAUGGAGAUGGUUUUUAAAAACCAUUUUCCGUUUGCAUUGGCAUGAUACCAUCUAUUACUAGUCCAUUCUUGGGUAUCUUUUUUAAAUUAAAGUUUCAAGCCUCAGUCAAUGUGUUCAUCUUCAUUUACUUCAUAUGAAUUUAAAUUCUCAGUGUUCCUGGAAUCCUCGUGUAUCUUAAGGUUUUCUUAUACUGCCGUAAUUUAUUAAAAGGUAGAAGUUUGAUCCUGGCAAAAUAGAUUGACAUUGGAGGAAAUAAAUGGGUUUUUCCCCUUGUAAGAGUAUUUAACAAAACAUGUCACAUCUGGGAGACUGUUCUUAAUUCACAGUUGGUAUCCUUGUCCAUAUUGUUUAUUUUCUUAUGUCUGAUUGAAGACUACCUUUUGUCAUGGACCAGGAAAGGAAUUAUCUUUCCACUUGCACUAGUGUAAUCAGGUAUAACUCAGUUGAAUUCAAUGGAAUUAUGUGGUCUAAAAUUAAUUAGAUCAGAAUUGGGCCAGUUUUUCUCUGCCAGCUGGGAGAAAAUGUUUUCCACUUCCCAAUGUGUAGCAGUGUACCUUCUCCAGUCACACCCUAAUGUUGUCAUUUUAUGUAACCAUAGAAGUUAAAUGGGAACGACCUAUUGAUUGGAUCCUCCAUUUAGUCUGUCUGCCAGUGCAGGAUUAUUCAUGCAGUACACUUCCUAGUGUUUUGUGCAAACAGUGAGUGUUCCACCUUUCCCUACAGAUGAAUUCUGCAGCUUAAAGGAUCUUCUUGUCAGUCUGCAUUUAUUGAUAUUCAGAUUAAAUUUUCCCCAUUCUUAAUAUUAGGUUAGUUACACCAUAUGUCAUGCCUUGCUGGCCACGAAACCAAUAAAAUAUUUGGCAGCAUUUGUACCUAGGUCUAAAUAUUCCAGCCCUUCCAGUAAAAGGUGCAGCCCACUCCAUAAAAGUCCUUGGUUCCUCUUCUAUCAGCCUGUCCAGCCAGUAGAAACCUGUUCCUUUCUCAUAGUAUUCCCUUUAAGAGUUGUUUUAGUUUGCAUUUACUAUUGGUAUCAAUAUAGUUCUAGCAGUUGAGAUAGUUUGUAGUUUAAUAUUAGAAUAGUGAUGCCACUUGAUGGGGUUUAUGAGGUUUUCAGGAUGAAUUACCGUAAAGCAUUCAGGUUUUAAAAAAUGCACCUUAUAUAAUGGUAAAAUGACCUCAGUGAACCACCAUGUCUAGGUGAGAAGCAUCUUCCCCCCAGCUAUUCAGCCUGGAGUGAGAGAGAAAAGGAGAGCAGCCUCAAAUUGGUUAGUCUCUAAGGUGCCACAAGUACUCCUUUUCUUUUUGCGAAUACAGACUAACACGGCUGCCACUCUGAAACCUGUCAGAGGAUGUUGUGUCAACUAGCAAUCCCUGCACCCAAAAUAUCUGAGCAGUCUGUGCCUACAGGUAUGUUUACACUUCAGUCAGAGGUGUGACUGCAGCACGUGUAGGUCAGAACUAGCUUGGGUAUGUCUAUAUGAGCUGCACUCAGAUUGCAGUGUAAACAGUACCCUAAGUCAGGAGGGGAUCUGAAAUCCGAAUGCAAUUCUUCUUUUGAGUGUCAUCUGGUCCAUCAGCAAGCUGAGAAUCAGUUUGAUUCCUUAUUGCCAUUUUGCCAUACAACUAAACUGAUGCACAGUGGGCACUCCCUGAGCCUGAAACAAGAAGUGCAUCUAUCAGAGAUGGUCUCCUUAUUCCACACACAGGAGUUCUAGAUCAUGUGUGGUCUGUUUUUUUUUUUUU